UUCUGUUUGCGCGUAUACUGCGCUCAGAAUCCCACAAUCAUGGAGACCAUGAGCACAAGAAGAGUCCAGUUCAUCGGAUACAAAAAGCUGAAAAGAUUUAUUGUUGAUUACAAACAGCAAAGAAUUUCAUUUGAAUAUGAACAAUUCAAAAAAGAUAAUAUCAAAGUGAAAGAUUUGGAAAUUCCAGAAAUUACAAAAGAUACUGAUUUUGACAAAACAGCUGAAGAAAUUGCUGGGAAAGAUAGAUUAAUCACACAAUCAAGAAAGACUGAACUGAAAAGACUGUUGGAAAGAAUUCUUGUAGCUAACAAUGACAAUAAUAAUUUCUCAGUUCUCAAUGAGUUUAAAGGGCAUAUUGAAGCAGUUACCGGUAUUUGUGUUAUGGUUAAUGGUGACAAGUUUGUGAGUGCAAGCCAAGAUAAUACCUGUAAAAUAUGGGAUCUUACAACAGGGGAGGAAAUCACAACACUUCAAGGGCAUGAACAUGCUGUGUCUGCCAUAGCAGUUUCUCCCAAUGGAGAGAUAAUAGCAUCUGGUUCUCAUGACAACACAUGUAAACUUUGGAACAUUGAACGUGGUGAAUGCUCCCACACGUUGACAGGACAUACAGAUCACAUUGGUUAUAAUGCUGCUAUGACCUUUAACCCUCAUGGUGAUCAAGUUGCCUUUGGAGGUCCAGACAAUAAUAUAUCCAUUCAUGAAGUAAAAACUGGCAGGUAA